AUGGACUUGAAGGAAAAUUGCACUUAUGUCAUGCACAAUUUUAGGGUCAACAAGAAUGAUGGGCAAUACAGAGUUUGUGAUCAUGCAUAUAAAUUGACAUUUAUUGGAGUUACCGUUGUUAGGCAGUGUGAAUUGGAUGGUCUUCCUUUUAAAAAAUAUAGAUUUGUAGAAUUUUGCGAUGUCAUUGUUGGCCAGUUACAACCUGGCCUAUUGGUUGACAUCAUUGGUGUGGUUGAUGAGGUUGUCUUUCGCCAUGUUUCAUUGAGAAGUAAAAAGGUUGUUUUUAAACUUAUGGAGUUGAGUAACCAAUUGUUGUCUUGCACUUUACGGGACGAUUAUUGCCUUCAAUUUUUGGAAUAUUUAGAUGAGCAUGAGAGUGAAAGCCCCAUUAUUGUGUUGUUGACCAAUGCCAGAAUUAAGGAAGGCCAGGGAUCCUAUCCAUCCUCAGUUAGCAAUUCUUUGAAGGCUUCUAAGUUGGCUAUUAAUCAGCAAGUGGCACCAAUCCAAGAAUUCAAUCAGAGUAUGUAUAGGCUUUUAGAAUUGGGCAUUGAGACAUGUUCAAAGAUUAAAGUUACAAUGCUUGGCUCCAAUGAUCCUGCCCAACAUGCAUCUCAAUCCAUGUCUAUGACAGCAGACCAUGAUCCACUUAUUGGGCUCUCCUUGACAUCGACAAAGCGACAACCAUCUGAUGAAUGUGACGAUGAAGCAAGAAGCUCCCAGAUUUCACCUGCUCAGCUAUCGUCCAACAAAUUAGGGAAACAUGAGCAAAUCGAAUAG